UUUGCGCCAGUGGUCGCAAGAGGGGUAAGUCUCCCUAAAUGCUAUUGUUUGGUUUUCUUGCCAUUGUUCUCUGUUGCGACGUUGCCGUCCCCGGGCGCCAGCAUAUGAUAUGUGUACAUCUUCGCUACCUCCCACUGCCUCUGUCGCCAUAACCGUCUUGCCUACUCUGCCGGCUCCUUUGCAUCACAUCACCAGAUCAGUCUACCAUGUCUGAAACUCCGUCGUCGUCGUCGUCGGCGCCCUUGGCUACUGGUCGCAGUGACGGUCCAUCAGUCCACCACCGUCAGCAUUCACGCGGACAAACCACUCACAUUAACAUCCCUGCCGCUACCGCUACCGCUACCGCUACCGCUACCCAUCUUUCAGAAGCUGACCUUUCCCUUCCGACGGACAGCCCAACCAGCGCGAACUCCGACCUCAACCUCGUCAACGACCGAGACUACUUUCCCUACCAGCCCAAGUCCCUAGCCGGCAUCGCCACGCGCUCCUUCUGCCUCGGCAUCGCUGUUACCAUUGGCGUCGGCGCAACCGUCGCAACCCUUUUCUACACAUCGAGCUCGCUCUGGCGCCUGCCCUUCUUCCUCGCCGCGCUCGCGACCUUUCACUUCCUCGAGUUCUGGACCACAGCCGCCUACAAUACCCGCGCUGCCGAUGUCAAGUCCUUCCUUCUCACGGCCAACUGGCCCGGCUACGCCAUCGCACACGGCUUCGCGACGCUUGAGUGUCUGCUGACCAACGCCUUCUGGCCAAACCGUGCGUGGGCGCCGUUUGGUUCCGGUACGCUGCUCUGUUUGCUCGGCCUGGCCCUGACGGUGAUCGGCCAGGUGGUGCGCAGUGUGGCCAUGGUACAGGCGGGACCGAGCUUCAACCACUUGGUGCAGCGCCAGCGAAGCUCGGCGCACGUACUGGUGACGUCGGGGAUCUACGGCAGGUUCAGGCACCCGAGUUACUUUGGCUUCUUUUGGUGGGCGUUGGGGACGCAGAUGGCUAUGGGCAACGUCGUUAGCUUUGUGGCUUAUGCGGCGGUGUUGUGGAAGUUCUUCAGUUCGAGGAUCAAGCAUGAGGAGGAGUUUUUGGUCAAGUUCUUUGGGCAAGAGUAUGUGGAUUAUCGAAGAAGGGUGGGCACCAAGAUUCCGUUUGUUCCCUGAGUUGGGCGUGGUGCUUUUUCGACAGAACUCAUCUGUUGUGUGCCAUAGUCUAUUACGUGGUAGUCGCUUUACGUGGUAUACAGUUCGAAAGAAUAGAUACAAA